CAAGCCACUGAAAAUAGCAGAACAGAAGAUGAGGUCUCUCAAGGUCUUCAUCUGACUGCCCAUGUGGCACAGCAAUUGGCGACCGAAUUGGAAGGUAUCGACGUUCUGAAUGCAGAGAGCCUUCUUGAAUCAGUUCGGAAUCUCAAAAGACUCAGAAAUUCCCUUCUUUCUACUGAUUCCCGUUCGAACAUCAAAAAUGACGUCAAUCAAGACACCUCUUCACCCGAAUACUACUCCUCGCAAUUAAAUCAUCUACAAGGCACUUCAGAGGUUGAAGGUCUUCGUGCUCAGCUGGCAGUAUACGAAAAACGUCGAGCUGAUCUUGAAAACCGAGUGGCAGAACUCUCCUCAAACCUCUCACAUGCUCAAGCCGCAAAUCAAGCCAAUGAAGCAGCUCUCACUGCUUCACGCCGCAAUGAAGCCGCACUUCGACGUCGACUUCUUGCUACGAUGGACACGGGAUCGUCAAGUAGUUCAAGGGCCAGACCAGUGUCAUCUUUGGACUACACUGGCACCUCACCACCAGGCAUGAAAGAUGACCUUGAUGCACAGACGAAGAUAAUCAAACUGAAGACAGAGAACACAGCUCUGACAGAAGCCAGCCAAUUAGAUCGAGUGCGCUUACAGGAGCAAGCUACUCGUAUCAUUCAACUUGAAGCGGAACAAAGAACUCUCCAUGACAGAAUGGCCAGCCUACAGGCAUCCGAAUCCUGCGCCCAACGGGCCGGUGUUAGAUUGCAGGCAUUGUAUGAGGAUAUGCUACGUGAGUUCUCUGAAUCGACCACCCUGGAGGCGAAUGCAGGUAGACGACGUCAACGUCUGACUGACUCCCGUGGUUACGAGACAGACACCGCCCUUUUUUCCACCUCUGCUCAUAGACAAUCAACUGGUGAAGACACCGACGCAAAUAAGCUCUGCAAGUCAAAGGCCUGCAUUGAGACUCGUGAAGUCCUUCAUAGUCUCCAGGAUCGUUUCAUUCGUACCGCAGAACAACUGGCUGAGGCAGAAACCUUGUUAGCUGAAAUGGCUUCAUCAACUACUUCCACGUUAUCAAAAUCGUCCAAGUCUAUCACUUGUGGAAACCUCCUUCUUGCCCUUCGUACCGUAACCACUGGAUCCGCCAACAGCCCAUCAAAUCACGCUGAUCAACAACGUCUAAUCAGUCGAUUGGAACGAUGGAUAAAUGCUUGGUUAGCUCAACGUGAGGAACUUGAGAAUCAGUUGAGACAGCGUUGUGUCGAUAUGGAGGUUGAAUUGGCCAAAUCAUCAUCCGAAAUUGACCCCAAAGUUCUCAAAUCCUGCCUUGAAGCUCAGAGAAAGGAACUCAGUGAGACCUACUCAAAGCUUCAGCAGGCACAAGAAGAGCUAGAGGCUACAAAGGCUUUAUAUGAAAGCAAGUUGCCUGACGUUGAUUGCAGUGGAACACACAUCGACGUCCUUGAGACCAUUUGA